AUGGUAGCGGAAAGCGGUUUGAAAGGCCGCGAGUUGCUCGUUUCCUUUGAGAACGGUUCCCUUACCUCCGUCAUAUAUGCUUAUGUUAAGGAAUAUAACAUAGUAAGGAAUUUCACAAAAGCCCGAGUCUAUUCGAGCACCGGCGUAUCACUUAUGGCUCACGAAAUACUCUACCAGCAACGAGUCCCCGACAUUGACUUCACUCCUGUUCUCAACGGCAUUGUCGGCGAUGCGGAUAUAUUCUGCCCGUCUAAGCAUGAAACUCUAUGGCUGUAA